AUGAAGAAAGGUUUCAUGGAGUCCUCUCGUCGCAAGCCUCUCUACGACGACUCAAGCAGCUCAUCAGACACGUCUGGACGCACCAUGAAGCUCGGCGUUGCAUACAAUGUCUACGACGGCGAGGAGCUCCUUCUUGACAGCAUCAGAUCCAUCAAGAGCAACGUGGACUACAUCUGCGUCGUCUACCAGACGGUCUCCAACUUCGGCAACUCAGCGCAUCCUGAUCUCGAGAAACGACUUCAGUUCCUGGUAGACAAUGGAUACGUCGAUGAGCUGUACAGAUACGAGGCCAAGGUUUUCAGCAACGACGAGAAAGAGGCUUUGUGCUCUCCCGUCUCCAACGAGCUGGGCGGGCCGCCGAGCAUGGUCUCGAAUCAGUUCUUCAACGAGCUCACCAAGAGGGAGCUCGGGAGGCAGAUGUGCGCGGCGAAGGACUGCACGCAUUUCAUGUCCAUGGAUACGGAUGAGUUCUAUCGGGAAGACGAGCUUGCGUACGCCAAGAAGAAAAUCCUUGAAGAUGACUUGGACGGCACAUCAUGCAAGAUGAGGUUUUACUUCAAAGAGGUGCCGCUGAUCUACAAGAUCAAACCCGGAUCCCCUCUCCUGCUAGCCCAUCCCUAUCCUUGUAUCGUUGAUCCGACGCGAAGGAUGGCUAACUGCCAGCGGUUUUAUCAGUUCUCGAGGGAGGAGAUCGAGAUGCAUCACUUCAGCUUUGUGCGGGCGGACAUGUCCUCCAAGAUGAAGAAUGUGUCGAACCGAGACAAUCACGACGGAGCAUUGCAGUAA